UUUAGUUUCAUUUUGUCAGAUUGGUUUGUUUUGGUUCCUUCAUCUCAAAUGUAUUUUGUUUUAUGUUUUGCCGUUUUAUUGUCUGUGAAAACCAAAGUUUCUUUUGGAUGUGGAGGAGUAACACACACUAUUAUAGCGGAAAGAGCAAAAUACAGCUUUCAAGAAGGUUCUCAGUACAGAAAGCUUUUGGAUAUUCACCAAGAUGCAUUUUAUGCAGGUGCCCCUUAUCCAGAUUCUUUUUAUGACGACAUUUGUUUCAGAGGUUCAUAUCAUGAUGUGUCAGAAGACACCCACUGGGGGGAAUUCCUGAAUACAACUAUUAACUACAUCAAUAAGCAGCCCAAACCAUGGGAUGUGGCAACAGAAAAGUUAUUUGUCUUUAUGAUGGCUUUCAUGUCUCACCAAGUAGCUGAUAUCACUUGGCACAGCAUGUAUAUUGAGCAAGGUUUUCUUCAUACCAUGGGAUAUAUGAAUUUUCAUGGUUCAUACCCAAAGGCUCAUCCAGUUGGUGACUUUGGUGGUGAUGUUUGGAAUGUAUAUGGCAUGCUGUCUAAGGAUGACAACAUUUAUCCUGGAAAGCACUGGUAUGUUCCUGUGGAUGACCUGUAUCACAUAUAUCAGGAUUUCUAUGGAAAAACAAGAAUUGACAAAAACACCAUAGAACUUUGCUCUUCACAGAUGUUGCUUGCUGGGGUAGCUGAACUCUUGCUUGGAGCAGAGGCUUUUCUCACUAUAGCCAAUGACAGCAACUUUCUAAUAGAUAAUGAAAUGGAGUAUUUUGAAGGAGGACUAACUGAUAUGGCCAGCUUAACCACAAGAAAGUGGAAUGAUGCAAUUACUAUGAUUGAAAAUGGAACACAGGCUUGUUCUGUGCCACACAGCACUGUGUUCAUCAACUGUACCAAAGGAGCAGACCGUCGUCCACACAGAUUACCAAAGCUAAGGAAGCCAUACUAUCAGAAACCCAAACUGUUUGGUCUUACUCUGGAUGAUCUACUUAUAACACCCUACCUCAGGGGGGUCAAAGUUCAGAUGACAGAAAAACUGAAGUUAAGAUUGAUUGAAAAACAGAAGAAAAGAAUGUACUUACAAAGCAAGUAUUCCAAGGAAGCAGAGCCAAUGCACAGAAGUCAGCCAAAUUUUACCAUUGAUUUUAGAAGUUCUAGAAGUUACUCACAGUUAGGAUGGUCAGUGGUGUCUAAGGACUUGGACGAUGAUGGCAAUGAAGAUUUAGUGAUAGGCUCCCCUGGACACAGCACCAGUAAUGAACCCCAGAGGGGCAGGGUCUACAUUCUAUACAGUGGAGAUGCAGGAUUGCAAGUGAGUGGAAGCUCUUUUGUUGACCUAGAUAAUUUCACCUCAUUGAACAAGAACACCUCAGUAUUGAAAGGAAAUCCAGGGGAAUACUCCAGAUUUGGUUAUGCUGUAGCUGCCCUAGAUGUAAAUCUAGAUGGUAAUGUAGAUGUAGCUAUUUCUGCUAGCUCCCUAAGCUACAAGGGUCUGCUGGAUUAUAAUGGUGCUGUAUAUGUGUACUUUGGAUCAGGAGGUCAAAGGUCAUGGAAGGUCAAGCCAGAUCUGGUCAUAACCUGUCAGCUUCAAUUUUGUAACCUUGGAGCCUCCUUGACCUCAGUAGACAUUAACAAUGAUGGAAAAAAUGACCUCUUGAUAGGGUCACCAUUUGCCAGUGUUAAAAAUCUGACUCAGAAUGGAAUGGUGACAGCUUUACUCUCAUCUAAAAGUCUCAUUUCAGGAAUGGUUAUUCCAGCAGAAAAAUUAACAGAGAACUGGAUCUUAUUUGGUAAUCAGUCUUACAGUUGGUAUGGACAUAGAUUAAGCGUCAAGAACAAUAUGUUAAUGGUCAGUCAACCUUACUUCAGAAAAUGCACAAGUUGUGAUAAAUACUUGCCAACUGAUAUUCAGAGUGUUGGAAAAUUAGAUGUUUUCUCCUUCAUAACAAGUCUAUCCACGACCCCUAGUUUAACUUUCACGGGCCAGAGUAGAUUUGAUAUGAUUGGUUACAGCAGUGAUCUUGGUGAUCCAUUUGGUAAUGGAUCCUCAAUCUUCGCUAUAGGGGCACCUGGAAUGAAUGUGAAGGGGAGGGUUUAUUCUUCCACGGAGAGCUUUACACAAGGUGGAGGUGUUUUUUUGAUAAGCUCCAACAUGCAGGAGGUUGCCCAAUUUACAGGGGAUAGGAUGUUUAGUAGAUUUGGAAGUGUUGUUAAGUUUAGUGACAUCAAUGGUGAUGGAAUAGAUGACCUGCUAAUAUCAGCUCCAAUAAGAAAUGAUAACCCAGACAUUCUCAUCAACUCAAGGAUAAAUGGAAAAGUAUAUGUAUUCUAUGGAGGUAGGGGCUUUCCUAAGAACAGUGCUACAGCAGAUUGUGGGAAUGUGUCUCCCUGUCCGGAAAAAGUAGCAAAUCAAACUUUAGGUUAUGGAUUAGAUUUAAAAACAGAUUUUGGGCGGACUAUCACAGUUCUUAGAACCAAGCAACAGGUUCAAGUGAUUAUUUCAGCUCCUAGAAAUGGAGAUAAUUUUAAAUCAAAAGUCAGUCAAUCUGGGAAUGUAUAUGUGUACAAUACUAGGUGAAAGUAUAGUUCCAACUGAUGAGAGAGAAAAUGCAAGUAUUCCAUGUUUUCUGUUAUUUUUCUGAAAUGAUGUAAUGUAAGCAUCCAAAUCAUAAUUUACUUUAUCCUAUUGUACCUAAUUUGUAGAUCAAAAUAGGAAUAAUGAAAUGUCCCAAUUAAUCAAGGUUUUUUUUUUUCACUUACACUGUACAUUCCAUUGCACUUCUUGUAAUUUUCAUGUCCUAUCAUCUCAGUUUUAGAAUAAUUUACCAUUUUGUACUUUUAUAGUUUUUAAACUCACUUUUUCAUGAUUUUUGUAAUUUUUAAUUCAGUCCAUUAUGUCCUCAAUUUUGAAGAUUUCCUAUUAAAUAACCUGUCUUUUCUGUUAAUAUACAUGUAUGAUAUCUUGUAAUGUCACAGUCUAGUCCCUCUAGAUGCUAUGAACAAGUAAGUUUGACCAUAUAACUACUAGCAUCAUAUCAAUGCAAACUAAAUGUCAGCUUUGUUAUAUUGUUAUAUAAAGAAAAACAUUUGGCUAUUAAUGUAGAUAUCCUAAAGAUAGUCUGAAGUAUUUAAGUAAUUACUUCAGACUUUAGAGGAUACAUAUUUAUAAUAUUUAAACUAUAGAUGAUGAUCAUAGAUUUGAAGUCUGAGAAAAUGUCAAUUUACCAUUUAAAAGCAGAUUUUGUUGCAAAUGGUUGUUAAGUUAUCAGCUAAGUUUGUUAUCAGCAACUAUAAGUUUGUUAUUGUUGAUGCUUUGUUAUGAAAAUUAUUUCCUGUUGCAAGCUCACCUCAACAACAUAGUGAUGGGUUUAUGUAUAGGCCCCACAAUCUGCAUCAGUAUUAAAGGUUCAAGUUUGUAGGACAGGUUCAUUGUUUGAUUAAAAGUUUUAAUUAUAUCAAACUUAUGUCCUUACUUUGGAUGCUGCAUCUGAAAUGCCAUUUAUUAGUUUCCUAGUGGAACUCUUUGUAGUAGAUUCAUUCCCAUGACUACAUUUCCUUCCUAUGCCAAAAUUAAUGGAUGAUUCAUCUACCGCAAGGCCGUAACUACCAUUGAGGCAAGUUAGGUAAAUGCCUCACUAAAAUUUUAGAGAUUUCUGAAAAAGUGAACCUAAAUUAAUUGUGUCUUUGUACAAAAUUUAGACUUUCAACUUUCGAAAACUGAUCGUCUCACCGUGUGCUUCAUUAUCAUCUAGAAAGGAUGUAAAAAAUAAUUCAAGACGUGAAAACCUUUAAGGAUUGUCUUUGGUUGUCUAAAACUCAGGUUUCAUGGACACCUGUCCCCUUUCUGAGAACUACCCUGGACGAGCUUGGUAGCCUCCAGAUCUCUGAAAAUUUAAGCUUAAUUAUGGCCUUGUACUGGUCUUGUAUUGAAGGGUUUUUUUCCGGAAAGGGAGCUCAUUUAGAAGAGCAAUUCAUACUAAAAAAGAACCUUUUCUCAGUGUCCCUGAGUGCCAAGUCCCAAGAUAUGCUGACAUUUCAAAUGCAUGAAAUAAUAUGGCAAGGGACAUACACUAUGACAACCAAUCAAUGAUUCAAAUAAAGAAACUGUUACAAUGAACUUAGCUUAUGGGUUUUAUAUUUAUAGAUGAGAUUAUUGUGAAGGUUAUAAACUUGUAUUCUUUGAUUAAUUUUUUUUCUAUUGUUAUACACAAUGUUUUAACAUGUUACAAUAAAAUUUUUAUUCAGAAAA